AUGUUAUAUGAAAAUUUAAAAUAAGUAUUUUGUUAGAAAUAGAAAAAGAAGGAAUAUGUUGAAUAAAUAAGUAAAAUAGUUGGAGAUCUGAAAUUUUUUAAAGAAAAAAGAGAAAUAUUUGAUAGUAUUUUGUAUUAUCAAAUGUUGAAAAAGUUAAAUUUAAUUGAAACGAAAUAAGAAGAAGUAUUAUUUCAUUAUGGUAAAAGAAUUAUGAAAAUUAAUUAGGAUCAAAUAAUGUAGAGUUAUUUUAUAUUAUAUUGUAAGGGAAAGUAGCAAUUUUAUGUCCAAAAAAUAGAAUGAUAAGUCAUAAAUAGAUUUUAGAUGAAUAUCAUUAAAUUGAUAUUGUAGGAAGUCCAAAAUCUUCAAAUGAUUCAUUAAAAGAUAUUAUAAUAUAAUAGGCAUAUUCAAACUUUUUAGGAAUGAAGAAUUUAAAACAAUUUGAUUAAGAUGCAAUUAUUGAUGAAUAUAAUCAUAAUCCAAAUAAUUUUUAAGUUGAUAAAGCAUUAGAUUAAUUAAUUAAAAAAAGAUUUCCAAGUUUAAAGAUUGUAAAUAUGUGUCAUUAAGGUGAUUAAUUUGGAGAAAUUGCAUUAAUAGGUCAUGUAAGAAGAACAGCAACAGUUUUAUGCGUGACUGAUUGUUUAUUAUUGACAUUAACAAAUAAUGACUUUUAAAAUAUCUUAUAAUAAUAUCAUUAAUAAGUAAGAAAUGAAAAGAUUUAAUUAUUGAGAAAUUAUUCUUUAUUUAGAUCAUUAUCUGAUGGUAAAUUAAAAGGAAUGAUUGAACAUAUUAUUGUAUAAAAGUUUUCUAUUUUUUCAGUGAUAUAUUAUGAAAAUACAAUACCAGAAUAUAUUUACUUUAUAAAGUCAGGAGAAGUUGAAUUACUUAAGGUAGUUAAUAAAAAUAAACAAAUAUCAAUUUCUUUAUUAUAAGUUGGUUGUGUAUUUGGACAUUAAGAUAUUGGUCACUAAUAAUUUAGAUAGUAUAGAGCAAUAUCAAAAUCAUGUUAAUGUGAAUUAUACUUGAUUCCAGUCAAUAUUGUCUUAUAAUUUGAUUAAUAAAAUGAAAAUAAUGAAGUAGAGAAAGAAUUUCAUCAAUCAAGAUUAAAAAGAUUAUUAAGUGAUCGUAUAUCUGUCCAUGAUAGAAAGAAACAAAAUCUGUCUCCAUAAUCAAUUGAAGAAAGAUAUAAAGGAGAUAAAGAUUAUGAAUCUUUUCUAAGCUAUGCAUUUGCAACAAAGAGGUAUAAAAAAUUUAAUAUAGAGUUCUUUCGCCUAAGCAUAAAAAACUUAUUUCUGAGCCAUUUGUUCCUUUUUUUGAUAUAAAUCAUUCUAAACAAAAGAAAUUCAGAUAACACACUUCACUCUCGAAAAAUUAAAGUGUUGAAAAAUAAACAAUUAUUAAUUUAGAUCAUUUCAAUAAUUCUAAGAAUUAAUUAAUAACAACUUAAGUUAAUUAUCAUAGACAUCUCUUUAGUCCAAGAACAACUAAAAGACAUUUAGAUACAUUUAUGCCAUUUAAAAGAUUAUGA